AUGAUGAAAUUGAAUAGACUACUGAUACUGUGGUUCUUGAUAUCUAUUGCUACCCCUGAAUAUAUUGAUGCUUCACGGCACCUCAGGGACGAGAAAACUACAGCAUUGCAUCAUGAUCAUACGGAUAUAGGAACCAAUGGAUACUCUAGCAUACGCAAUAGCCACAAGAGAGAAAGAAGAAGAAGUCUCGAGGAAGAACAGAUGGUGUUUGCUUGUUCUGAAAAUCCCGAGGAAUAUGAGACAACCCUCUUGAUAUCCCACGAAGGCAACCCGGACCAAAUCACUGGGUCCGACCUGGCAAUGCUAGAAAGCGCCAUCAAGAAAAGCUACAACGAUCUUGCCCAAUACUACUACCCUUGCGAUCGACAAUAUCGCAACAUCACACGAGUGGUGGCCCAGGCAGAUUCCGUGACAUCUAUAUCCCACAAUGAAAUGCAAAUACUGUACAAGGUCACUGGCUUUUGCGAAGGAUGUCGACAAAAUGAACGAGGAAUCCUCUUUGGACGUCCACCUGCUAGACCAGAAGACGAAAUCAGCGUCUCUAGAUCCGGGCAAACGCGAAGAAGAAGAGGCCAGAGGAGGGGGCUGAAAGGAUCUAGCCCUCUAGACGACAAUAGAAGGCAGUUGGAUCACUCGGGUGAUGAUGAUGAUGACUGUGGGUGUAGGAGACGACAACUUGGAGGAGGUAGCCAAGGACCACCGAGAUAUUAUGUCAGAGAGUACAUCAAUGACGAACUAUCGGACACUUCUAGCGAAACCUCCAACUACGAAGUGACACGGAUAUCAGAAGCGAGCGAAAUACCGUGCAGUCCCGACAUGGCAAACUUUGAAAGCACCUUCCUUAUCGUCUUUGAAGGAGAACCAGAGCUAUUGUCAGAAUCAGAAGAGGAGGCAAUGGAAACUGCAUUCUCAUCCACUUACAACAAGAUGAGCUACCAAAGCUGUGAUGAACCAUACUUUCGACGCGUCACGGAUGUCUCCGUUGGCGUCCUCUCACCUCCGCCAUCGUCCAGGCGUGGGAGAAGCAGCCGAAGUGGAAGAUCCAGCAGUUUCAAUGCCAGCCAAGUGGUCAAGAUCGUGGCGGAAGCCAACUGCCAUGACUGCCCUGGCACAUCCUUGUUCGACCACGGAUUGGUAGCCACUCGACGACGACGACGACAAAGAGGUCGUCGACAGCUUCCGGAACUCCUGGAUGAGUACACGUCUAUAGCCACCGUGUCUGUGGAUAUCAGCAGCAGCAACACGAAUCAGCCCAAGCAAGGUGAAGAAACCGCUUGUCUCUGCGCAGCUAGGAAUAUCAAUAGAACGGGACUGUCUCGACCGGGUGCGUUCUUCGCAGCCUACCAAGACGAACUAGACGAUUUGGAUGAUGAGGAUCUUCUGGAGAGUGUUGAAUCCAUGGAACGAAUGAUAGAAGUCGAGGAGGUUCAAUGUAGUUCGGCAAAGAGCACCAUGGAAACGGUCGUCCUCUUUCAGAUUGAUGGUCGACCAAACCGGCUAUACGAGUAUGAGGUGGAAGCACUUGAAUCCAGCUUCAAGAAGGUCUACAACGAGCUACUAUUUAGCAAAUGUGACAAUCCACUGUUUCGCCAAGUGGACGACGUGGUCAUUGACGAGGAGACGAGCAGUGAUGAAUGGCUAGGGAGGCAACCGUUCCCGUCCAGGAUCGACACGAGUCAACUUUUGCGCCUGAGAAUAACAUUUAGCUUCCGGGCCCCUGCAACCAGCCUAUUUGAUGUGGGUGUGGGCGAAGAGCCCGACGCAUUAUUUGACCCGGAAGUGAGUGGGUUCAACCAGGACGUUCAAUCCUAUGGAGGAAGCUGCUAUUGUCCCCUAUCGCGUAACGCAGAUGCAGCCUUUGCCAACGUCUUCCAGGAGGCAUACAACUCGGCUAUUGACUACUUGGACUUGUACUAUGUUGAUGCUGUGGAUGAGAUUCUAGAAGUGGAAGAAUACGAUUGUGGAAAUGACACAACUUUGCGUGACACGCUGCUCUUCGUAGAGUUUAAUGGUGACCUUUCCAGCAUGGCUUCCUCCGAACUCGAUGAUUUUGAGAAUUCAAUGCGGAUCACAUACAACAACCUCAACUUCAAGUCUUGCGACCAUCCCCACUUCAGGACCGCCCUGAACUUUACAAUUCUUGACCAAGGAAACAUAACAAACAGGCGACAACUGCAAAUGCCCUCCGAAUCGGAGGUGAACUCGGCAAACAUCAGGUUGGUUUCUGUCAGCUACGAAUGUAGAAACUGUGCCUCUGCACCUCCAUUGCUGAGCUGGAGAGAUGAGUUGUCCAUUGAAGCGCCUCCGCUAAAUCUAUCAGAAAGUCAUUUUGAUGUGGUUGAGGGGCUCUCUGAAACGUGCUACUGCCCCGUGAAUGCUCGCAUGGAAGACAGGUCGCCCACUGAAAUAGAGUUUGGCUUGGCCCUAGACACGGGCUUUCGGUCCCUGGCAAUGGAGCGACAGAGCUUGCCUGAUGCGAUGCUAGGUGUAAAAGAUCUUGUGGAGGUUGAAGAGCUUGACUGUGCGGCAGAAACGUAUGCCUUCCAAACGGAAAUCUUCCUAAGACUGAAUGAAAAUUCCACCCAGCUGUCUAACGCGGAGCUUGCUGCGAUUGAACUUGGAUUCACCGAAACAUACAACAAUAUGAACUUUCUCUUCUGCGAUUCGAUGCACUUUCGGAGAGUCUUGCAAGUGGUGCUUGAUGUCCCGUCAAGCGCUCGUCAGCUUCAGCAGGAGGACGAGAUCGAUGUUCUCAUCAGGGAAGACAGCUCAAACCUUUUGAGAUUGAUCGUUGAUGUAGAAUGUCAAGACUGCACGACUGCGACAACUAUGUUCAGUGACGGUGUGGCUGAUUCAAGUGUCAACACGCUAACGUCUUUGCCAUCGUCAUCUCUGAUGUCUUUCUUGGCGUCACGAGAGUACGAAGAAACCAACGCAGCUGUUUGCUACUGUUCUUCAACAUUCCCAUUCCUAGGACGAUCCCCCACAACCGAGGAGUUUCAGUUGGUCUUCAAUAGCAAAGUUUUGGAUCUGCAGGAGAUCACCACGAAUGAUCCAAGCCCGCGCGUAGUUGAAGAAGUGAUCGAGAUUAAGCAAGUGGAGUGCAGCGAAGAGGUGAAACAGUUCACCUCAACAGUUUUUGUGGGCCUUCAAGGAAGCUUGAAUCUGUUGACAGAUGAAGAGAAGCUUGUCCUAGAGCAAACCUUUCAAGACUCAUACAACGAGAUCUCCUUCUCUCAAUGUGAUUCACUCUUCAGAAACGUAUUGGAUGUAACCCUGACACCCAGUUCACUGUCAACGGUUGCUAGAAGUCGGCGAUUGAGCAACUUUACAACGGCAGCAGAUGUGAACAGUACAUCCACACGGCCGGAGGACGAUGCUGCUUUGGCACUGUUCCAAGUGACGGGGGAAUGCAGGGGUUGUGAAGUCACUGACACAGGAACGUUUAACCUUUUUGAUGACGCAUUCCGUAGGGCUCUCGGGCUGUCUGAUCCAAGAAAGAGGCGAGGGCUUCAAAGUCAAUUGUCAGGAUGUUCAUGCCCCACGAAUACAGAUCCAGUGGAGCCGGCGGCACCAACAGAAGACGAGUUCUUGGUAGAGUAUGACUCUGCGGUUAUGGAAUUGAAUCAGCAAGGGGUUCUGGAAAAUGUUGCUGGUGUUUCUGAUAUCAAAUCAUGUGACAGAGAUGUGACAGAGGUUUCAGGAUACUAUGAUAUCUCAUUUACAGGCGACUCGGAAGGGCUCUCGGAAGAGCAAAAGACGCAGUUCGUUGUGGACUCCUUUAAUGCCCUCCGCACAGAAGUUUGCAGUGCCCAAGUUGUUGACGUUGAGUUGGUUGAGAAUGAGCAAGGAGUUGCCGUGCUGAGAAUGUUGAAUUUGCUGGGCCCACUGUCCGAUGUUCUCAAAGGAGAAACACAUUUGAAGUUGAGUUGGUAUUUGAGUAUGAAAGCGAGAGAGAACUGGAUUGCCCUCCUACCCCCGCACCUACUCCAGAUCGACCAUCCCCAUCCAGGCCGGUUCAAGGAAGGCCUCAACCCCCCGCCCCUCCAAAUCAAGGCAACAAUGGGGGCAAUGGCCAGGGCAACCAGCAACCAGCAAAUCAAGGCAAUAAUGGGGGAGGCAAUAAUCAGGGACAACCUGGAGGGCAGCAACAAGGAGGGCAGCAGUCCGGUGGGCAGGGAGGGCAGCAGCAACAAGGUGGCACAAAUAACGGCGGCCAGCAACAACAAGGUGGCACAAAUAAUGGUGGCCAGCAGCAACAAGGUGGCACAAACAAUGGUGGCACAAACAAUGGUGGCCAGCAACAACAAGGGGGUACAAAUGAUGGUGGACAGCAACAACAAGGUGACACAACUGGUGCCCAGCAACAGCAAGGUGGCACUGGUGAUACAAACAAUGGCGGACAGCAACAACAAGGUGACACAACUGGUGGCCAGCAACAACAAGGUGGCACAAAUGAUGGAACUGGCAGUGGUGACAGUAAUGGAGGUACUGCAGCAGCGCAAGAUGGAGGAGGGCAAGACAGUGGUGGAAAUCAGGAUGUUUCAGGGCAAGACAAUGGUGGAAAUCAGGAUACCGGAAACACUGAUUCUGGGCAAGAUGGAGGAGGGCAAGACAGUGGUGGAAACCAAGAUGCUGGAAAUACUGAUUCUGGGCAAGACAAUGGUGGAAAUCAGGACACUGGAAACACUGAUUCUGGGCAAGAUGGAGGAGGGCAAGACAGUGAUGGAAACCAAGAUGCUGGAAAUACUGAUUCAGGGCAAGACAAUGGUGGAAAUCAGGACACUGGAAAUGGAAACACUGAUUCAGGGCAAGACAGUGGUGGAAACCAAGAUGCUGGCAAUACUGAUUCAGGGCAAGACAAUGGUGGAAAUCAGGAUACCGGAAACACUGAUUCAGGGCAAGAUGGUGAUGGAGGAGGGGAUGGAGAUGGAGGAGGAGAUGGUGACGGGGGAGGUGAUGGUGACGGGGGAGGUGAUGGUGACGGAGGAGGAGAUGGGGAUGGAGGAGGGUGGUGACGGGGGCGGCGAUGGAGAACCUGGUGGCGGAGAUGGUGACGGAGGAGGACCUGGUGACGGAGAUGGAGACGGGGGAGGAGAUGGGGAUGGAGGAGGUGUUGGUGGGGGUGAUAACAACCAAGGAGGCGGUGAUGGAGGUGGUGGAGGACCUGGUGGCGGCGGUGGAGGAGGACCUGGUCCUGGUGAUGGCGGUGGGCAGGGGGGAGGAGGUGAUGGCCCCGGAGGAGGAGGUGGUGGAGGAGGAGGCGGCCCUGGGCCUGGUGGACGAUUGCUUGCUGCAUUGGGCGAAACAAUUUAUGACGUGAAUCGUCCAAGAUAUCUCCAACCAGAUGGCUGUACUGGGAAGGCUGUGGCAAGAGAGCUGGCAGACGUUUUUCGGGAAACAUAUGAACAGCUUUCGCUACAACUUUGUGAUCCAUUUCGACGGCGAAUAGAAUCCAUCAGAUGUGACACUGAACGAAUUGAUGGUACAUCUGGAUCGCUACGUUGCAACAUAAGUUUCCGGUGUUCCGGUCCUUGCCAAGAAUGGCUGGAUUCGACUGCAAUUUAUCAACAGAUGGAUGAGUUUGCGACUUCGGGCUCUUGCAGCUGUGACAUUGAAGGGGGGCCCAAGAGAGCUCCACUAUCAUCAGAUCAUGUGGAGCUGCUGAACGAGGAGCUGGACAACGGUAUUGCGAUCCUUUCCAUCGACGUCUAAGGAAGAUUUGCCCCCCACAAACGUUGAUUCUGCAGGCACGAGCACUGCGACGGCCAUGACACACUGUGACAAAUAAUGCAUAACAAACGACAAGCAGUGGGGGAAGUUUUUAGCACUCUGCAGCCUCACUUUUAGACUAGCUAGGAGCAAUAGAUCCAAUAGCAUACUACUGGUUUACGGAGGGAUAUGAGCCACCGAAAAUUUACAUCUUUUCUGAACUUCCGAAAAUGACCUGUGGUAGCGAUUUAUGACUAUCCAGUUACCAGAUUACUAGAAAUCAACCACAACAACCAAGUAGUAACACACACAACUAUAGCAACCUCUCUAUCAACUCCUCCUUCCUCUAUCAUCAGCCUUUUUCGGCUUAUCAGGCGUGGAAGCUACUAGCAAUAGACGAACAACAAGCGAUCGGUCGUUCGGUCGACAAGCACAAGAAGAAGAC